CUAACUCAAUCAGAAAUCUCAAAGGCAUUCAACUGACUUAACUGGAGUUACAUGUGGACUCGCAGGUUAAGGAUGUCUCCGUUGGCGAUGAGCUGUUGUCAUUGGUGCAUAUUGAUACUAACUCUCCUCUGCCUGUUGCUGGAGCUCAUCAUCAGCAGAUUGUGCAACUCCCUCAUCAACAUGGUGGACAGCUUUCACACUCUUUUUGUGCUCCUACACCUCUGCCUGCCCGUGGUCCAUGGCCUGCUUGCUAAUCGGUCAGUGACAUUCUCCUCCUCAUACGGUUUGGCCAGGAUGCAGCCAUUUGGUGUGAUGGUUUCUGCCCUGCUGCUCGCCUCAUUGUGCACCUCCAUCUCCCUAGACAUUCUGAGUCAUUUUCUGCGGCCGCACCCCAUCCAGAGGCCUGAGCUUGCACUUGCCGCUGGAGUGGUAGGCAUUGCCUUUAACCUGGCCAUAGCGUGGACACGCUGCACUGGAUGGUGGAGUCUAAAGGAUGACAAUUCAUUGAUAUGGAACUAUUCUUCAGGUCUGGACCACAAAAGUUGCCCUUCCAGUAAAGCAGCAGAGAAAAGUCAACCCGAAUGUGACACUACAGUCAUUUUCCAAAACCCCCGAGCACACCAAGACGACCGGCAGGCUGAGUCAAGCAGUGCACACUCACAAUCUGGGUGCUGCAUGUUGGGAAACCAACACAGGAUGGGCAUCUCAGAUGUCAAGGACAACUGCUCAACAAUACACUGUGAAGUAACAGAGAUGGAUUUAUCACUUGAAAAGCCAAGGAGCAUCUGUGAAGCGAUAGAAGAACCAAACUCUACAGAUGAAGCAGCCACCAGAAGACCAGAGAUUGAGCCGACAUCCACAGGCAGUCUACAGUCAUCUUAUUGUCUCUUUGUUUCAGCUUUGGUAAAUGGGAAAUGUAUGGUGGGACCUGUGCUGGUGGUAGCCAAUGGGCUUGCACAUCUCCUGAUGAGCCAUGACUGCAUGCAUGGAUGGCGCUGUAAUCUUUUCCUUUACUUGGAUCCAAUAUUCUCCUUUCUUACAGUGUUAGUGCUUUUGACUUCAGCCCUGCCAGAAGUGAAACACCAUGGCUUCAUUUUCCUUCAAGGUGUGCCAGCUCAUAUUCACCUGACCAACAUGGGGCACCAGAUCAGCCAACUUCCUGAAGUGGUGGCUUUCCAUGACUUGCAUGUUUGGCAGCUGGUGGGAUCCCAACUGGUGGCGUCUGUUCACGUUCAGUGCUGUGACAGCACCAACUACCCGGCCCUCAUUGCAGGAAUCUCUGCAGUGUUUAAUAAUGUGGGCAUACAGCAAGUCACCAUCCAACCGGAGUUCACGACCCCAGCACAGAAACAAAUGCAGUGUUGGCUGGCUUGUGGAAAAGCAUGCUCCCAAAAACUAUGCUGCCAUAAACCAGAAGAGAGCGAGAAGCAGUUUAAGAAGAAACAGGAAAGUGAAGAGGAACCCAAAGAUUUGAUUUUAAAGAACAUUUACAUUUGAGUCACUCCUUUCACUUGACCUCAGGAUCCACAGAUACAAAGUGGACCUCAAAGUCUUUAUUUUUUUUCAACCAAUGAAAUGUUUUCAGGAUACGUUCAACCAUGCUUUAUCGUUUAAAAAGAUAAUAACUCUGGGAAUAGGGACACUUCUUUAUGAAGUCAAACUAGUACUAUUGAGAGUGGAACUGCACACAUUAAUCCAAAGAAUCUGCAACAUGUUUGUUUUUAAUGUAAAAUAUUAUUUUUUUAUGCUGGGUGCUCAUCACCACUUUCCUCAAUAUUGUAUUGUAAAUCAUAGGCAGGAAGUGAGGCCUAGUGUUAAAAGAACUGGACAUAUGAUCCAUUUGGUGAAGUUCUCUUGUAUUUGUGGAAUUCCCAUAAGACAAGACCACCAUAAUGAUCUACAGUAUAUCUACCAUUAAUAGAUAGAUAGAUAGAUA